AUGCCCUCACAACAACCGGAACCACUGAGUUCAGCGGCGAAUGAUGCCAGUUCCCCAAAUCCGAACUAUGACCCCACCCACAACACUCUGCUCUCCCCUGUUCAUAUACCAGAAGAUCCUCGUGGAGUAUUAAAGGAAAACCACCCUGCAAUAGGCAUAUUGGCAAAUUCUGGCCUAGUUGUGCAGCGGCAACUGGAGCUCAUGAAUGUUAUGAUUGGGUUUGAGCAAGCCAACAAGUAUGUAAUUAUGGAUGCGAAUGGGCAUCAUAUCGGGUACAUGGCGGAGCAAGAGCGAGGAAUGACCAACAUGAUGGCUCGACAGUGGUUCCGAACCCAUAGGAGUUUUGUGACGCACGUUUUUGACAGGCAAGAGAAUGAAGUUCUGCGCUUUCACCGACCAUUUUCAUGGAUUAAUUCCCGUAUCCGCGUAUACGACCCUCUCGAUGUUGCUAGAAGUGCCUACUCCUCUUCGACCUCUCUACAAAACAUUCAGUCGGGCUCGCUUAUCCAGGCCACAGGGGAUUCCAAUGCCCGGGUGUCGCCACUAGGGCUGGAUGACAUGCGCGUGAUCGGCGAGGCCCAGCAGCAGUGGGCACCAUUACGGCGGAAAUACAACCUAUUCAUCUACCAUCACUCCCCGGACCGCGCGACGGAUAUGGGCACCGUCUCCCGGCCUCUUCAGCAGUCCGGUCUGUCCAACGCUCAGGAGAUGCAAUUAACUCAAACGGCAAAUGGUGGUCAAGCUAUGGGCGAAUUCGGUCAAUUCGCCUACGUUGAUGAGCCUUUCUUGUCGUGGGAUUUUUCCCUUCGCUCAGCCAAUGAUCAGCUCGUCGGAUCCGUUAACCGUAACUUUGCUGGUUUCGCUCGCGAACUCUUCACAGAUACUGGUGUAUAUGCUUUACGAAUGGACUCGGCUGCCUUUAGCCCUGAACAGGUACCUGCACAAAACAACGCUGUUACUGGCAUGACGCUCGACCAGCGCGCAGUCAUGUUGGCUACUGCAGUAAGCAUCGACUUCGACUACUUUAGUCGUCAUAGUGGUACUGGUGGGUUUGGUUUCAUGCCUAUCUGGAUUCCUGGUAUGGGCGGAGAGGCUGCCGCUGGUGGUGCCGCUGCCGGCGAAGCUGGGGCUGUGGGUGAAGCGGCUGCAGGAACUCUCGGCCGGGCCGGUGCAGCUGGAGGACUAGCUGAGGGUGCUGCUGCAGGUGCUGCCGGUGCUGGAGCAAUAGCCGGAUAUGAUGCGAUGUCUCGAGGCGUGAUGGGAGAGCAUCAGUCGCAGUCCGCUCCAUUAGAUCAACAAGCGCUUCCAAAAGACCAGCAGUCACCUGCCUCCGGCCAAACAGGCCCCUAUGGAGAUGUUUGGGCAGAUGAACCGCAAGAUCCUUGGGCCCAGAGUCAAGAGGAUCCAUGGGCGGCAGACGAUGCCGACGCAGGAGACGGUGAUGAUUAUGAUUGGUUUUAA